AUGUCGAAUGAAUCAAAGUUCAUACAUUGGUUUGAGGGACUGAAUUCAGGUGCUCCUAAUUUAGGUACUCGGGAUUUAAGGAUUUCGGAUAAUGUGGAUGUUGGUGAUCGUGGUCUGAUCGCAUGCAAAGACCUCCCGGAAUCUGAAGAUUGCCUGCUCAAGAUUUCAAUUGAUGAUCCUCGAUUAGUCCUCUCUCCGAUACGCGCAUUUUACCUUCUCAAUCAAUGCACUUGUGCUUUUACAUCGUCUUGGAAGUCAACAAUAAAUUAUCGCCUUCAACAUCCUCAAGAUGUAUUGACUCUCUUCUUUUUCCACUUAAAGUGUUCGGCUUAUGAUCCAAGUUGCAAGCUUAUGCAGUUAUGGAAACCUUAUUUUCUUAUGCUACCUGAGAGCUUUACUAAUGUUGCCUACGUUGCAUCAACUAAUUCGGAAUUGAUGAAAAGAAUCAUAUCUUUUCUUCCCCCUCCUCUUAACCUAGCCUUUGAGUUACAACUACGGAGGUUGAACGAUGUCUACAAACGAUUAUUUUUAAAACCACUUUCUCCUUUUCCACCUCUUGAUUUUGCCUGGGCAUGGUCAGUGGUUAAUUCGCGCUGCGUUUAUGUAAAUCUACAAACAUGUGAGCUCGGUAGUAGUAUUAUCGAUAAAUCUGUUGAUUAUAGAGUGAAGUUUCUUUCAAAUGCUGAUAGGAAUAUUGCAAUUGUCCCUUUCUUUGAUUUCUUCAACCAUUCACCAACUGUAUCUGUUUGCAUUGAUGUCAAAGGCGGAAUAAUGUCCCUUAAGACGGAUUCAAAAUAUCGUUCUGGCGAACAGGUUUUUAUUAAUUACGGAAAACAUGAUAAUUUAUUCUUGCUCUGUGAAUACGGUUUCUGUAUUCCUAAUCUGGGAAAUCCUUGUGAUGCGGUGUAUCCAACUUAUAAAGAUCUUGUUUCUAUUGGGAAUCCGAGGAAAUUGAAUUUGGUUCUUAAUACUCUUCAACUAUCGACAUCUGAGAAAGAUUACACUACUUGGAAAGCAGUCUGUAUUUCUCCAGAGGGUCCUUCGUAUUACCUCGUUCUCAUUCUCUUCGCUCUUUUCUCAGAGACAGGUGUAAUGCCUUCUGAGCAUGUUUUGUUCAGUUUAGAUGAAACAAAUCGAACUCCACCAGUGGAGCGGGGUCUCAAGAAACUGCGAAAUCGUCUUCUUAAGGAAACAGACACUUCUAUGAGGUUCCUGGAUGCGUUGAAGGAUGAGCAUCCUUUUAUUGAUCUUACUAAAUGCUUGCUAAAUUCACGAAUAGCUCUACUUAAUUAUUUCAAAUGA